GGAUGCAAAUGAGCUCUAGUAGCACUUCAAUAUCGGGUGGCGUUAUAACCUGCGUUCAUUAUGAAAGGACAUUUUCAUGCGGACAUUUGAAUGUGGAUAAGAUUCUAGAAUGUAGUUUUCUGUCAGAAUGUCGAGACAGUGGUGAGCAUUGUUAUCUGUCUGUAUUGGUGAGUAUUGGAACUGAUAUCUCAUGUAUUUUCCGCGAGCAACAAGGAAUCAUGCGAUGGCUAGCAUUCUAUUGCUCACAGAUGAUUGAGACGACUGAAGUAGUAUUUCUCAUGGAUGGUGAAUCAUCAAUGGGGCAGUCUUCGGCCUCCGAGGAUAAAAAGCGGCUAAGAGACCAAAGUAACAAUGGUGACGGGUUACUUGUGAAUCGUGGAAAACCAGUGUCUGAGAAAUGGAAACCUGUGUGGCUGUGGCUUCAAUCACUGGGCCGUACCAGAAUAGUUGACUCGGCGGAGGUUACUGCUUGGCUCGAAAGUAACCCUGCUUAUGCCGCAGAGAUGAGGCAGUAUCACACUCAUGGAGUUUUGGUACACUAUGUUCAGAAAUGUCAUCAAAGAUUGGUUUAUGGUCGAAAUUACAAAGGGGAGGGUAAGAAGCUUACGAAGAAAGUCAUUGGGAUUCAGCCACCCUCUGCCAAGAAACUUCCUGAACGACGUUCAACCAACGAUGUUCGGCUUCCAAAUGGCCGAUUCGGCUCAAAAACGAGUAAAGAAAGUCCAGAAGGGCAACAUGGAGAUCUUUACCAGCUUUUAUGGAGCCAUGAACUAGUCAAGAAUCUUUUCCCACCUUCAAAGGCGGAUAAACACGGUAUAGAUAAAGCAGACGAAACUAGUAUUCUCGAUUCUGAAACAUGGAGAGAUCAGUGGCGAAUUCUUUUGGACGGCGAGAAAGGCGAUGCCGAGGUAGAUCUCAAGGCAGAGGAUAAAGUUCACAAGCUCCGUGGGACUAGUCCUUACCCUAAACGGAUUAAAAAACAAAGAUUUUUUUACAGCCCAGAACGCCCGGAUAGAGCAGAGCCCUCCACCAAGGAAGCUAACACAAGCGCUGAGGCCUUGGACAAAGUUGACCCUCUAAUUCAAUACGAGUUGAUUUUAAAACUAGAGAUGCGAUUGAAGGAGACAUUAUCAAGGUGCAAAGGGCAAGCUUAUGAUACUCAUGGACCAAGUAAAGUGGAGAAGCCGAAGCAGGCGGGUGGUCGUACUCCUAGGAGUGAUGAUUCUGGGAGAAACAGCCGCGGAAGUUCAGACACUCAUAUAAAUGCAUGGGCUUUUUCUGAGGCUUCUAUAGAUCUGGUUGCAGGAACUGAGAAUGUAGCACCUAGCGUUGUGCAAUCUUUGGCAGAGCGUGAGCAGGGCGCUAACUCAGGAACUGUCGCAUACCGACCCAAUGAGGUUGGGACUCGAGGCAAAAGAUGGAUCAGUGUCCUAAACGGUUGGGACUCACUUGAGAAGCAAAAAUUAGGACCCUCAAAUUGGUUGCAAAAGCGAGCAUAUUCCUCUUGGAUGCCAAUCUGGUGUGCCUAUACUUCUAGCAGCGCUAUAGCUCAACCAUUAGGUAGCACACGAACGGAUCAAGGUAUUCAGAAAGUUCUUGACGUUAGGUUUCAUCCAGGCGGAGAGCCGCUUUUGGCUGUGAGCUGCAAUGAGCCUCCUCACGAGUUAUUGCUAUAUAACCUUGAAAGUGGUCGGGGAAAAGAGUUGAUUGGACACAAUACCCAGAUUCAGGCAGUUGAGUUUGCUCUUCGAGGUGAAAGGGUUGUUUCGUGUGCGAGCAAUAUUGUCAAGGUUUGGAAUUCAAGGUCUGGAAUCUGUCUACACACCUUAGGACCUGAAUCAGAUGAUGGAAUUCCAGGACAUACGAAGAAAAUCAGUGCAAUGACUGUCAACGAACUCCAACCUUGUCUUGCUGCAACAAGUGGGGGUGAUGGAGAUAACAAGCUACUGCUUUGGAAUGUGUUAACUGGAGAACUGGCUUCCGAUCUAAACGCCGCUUAUAGGCAGGAACAGACGGAUCUCUUAUCUAUGGACGCCCUGAAAUUUUGCAAUGAAAAAUAUUUUAUUUGUGGAAGCGAUUCUCCGGGUGGUAAACCAGCAAUUGUACAGAUUUGGGAUAUUGAUGCCCUGACUAAUCUUGCUACCUUCCCUGCACAUGAUACCUAUAUUACGUGUCUGGAUACCAAUGCCUCAGGAUCCUGUGUCAUCACAGGUGCUGGAGACGGAAGUGUCAGUCUCUUUGACGUGAGGACUGGUGGCAGUAUUGUCAGGUUGCCACUUAGUUCAACUUGGGAGGUCACAUCAGUCUCAUUCAGUUCAUGCGAAACAUUUUUCCAAGCGUCAUGCACAGGCAAUUGUACUUUCGUCUGGGAUAUGCGUAUGAUGCCUUUGAAGACGGGGCCCAGAUGCGUGGCACAACCUCCUCCGCUAGCUCAGGAAAAAUCUUUUCGAGCUCUUCAUCAUUUGAGUCAUGGUGAUCCCAUGCCUACCUCUGAAAACGCAUUUCAAGUGCCUGGUUACGUUGAUAUUGGAGAUCAAGGUGUGAAUGAUGCACGGUGGUUCGAAAAUGAAGCCAUUCUUGUGACUGCAAGUGGCACUGGAAGUGUCGCGAUGUGGAAUCCAUCAUUGGGACAGCCAUGUGUGCAACAUAUAGCAAGUCAUUCCCGUUGCAUUAAUACGGUGGCUGUGUCACCCAAGGACCAAUUCAUAUGCACCGGAGGCGAUGAUCAGAAAGUGGUAUUGUAUCAAAAUACUCGACAGAAGUCGUGUCCUCCAUGGCGAUUAACACAUCCAUUACGCGACGAUGCAUUUGUAGACUGAUCUUUGUUGGAAGUCGCAAAGGACAUCAAUUUUCGGAGUUGACUUUGCUCUUGAGCUCUUCAAGCUCUUCCAAGUCGCAAGUUUUUCUAUUUGAAGGGGAGGCGGACACCUCAGACGUUAAACCCACUUUUCAGCACGCCCCUGCACACCUACAGUUGGCCUUAUUUGAGUUAGAAAAGAUGCACAAUCAAACUAAGAAUGACUACUACAUUCUGAAAUGUUAUAUGCUGAGAUUAUUGUCGGACAUGCCCAUUUUGUUCAACUCUGGUGUGGUAUUGCCUGUUCAGCGUUCAUAGACAACCAGUCAAUACUUUCUCUGCCCGUGCACCACAUGUGGUUUGAAUGUGAUGAGUUGAGGAAUUCACUUUUGAAGCAGAAUCGAAUCAGAGAUGCCUUGAAGUAAGGCGUUGAAUUGUA